AUGUGGGCUCUAAGAAAGUUAAAUUUGGAUUGGGGCGCCACAUCAAGUCAUAGAUUGAAUAACAUGAAUAAGCUUGAUGAGUUUCGCCUAAAAGCAUAUGAAAAUUCGGUCUUGUACAAGGACAAGAUGAAAAUGUAUCAUGAUGAAAAGAUUGAAAAGAGUGAAUUUGUUGUGGGUGAUCUGGUGCUUUUAUUCAACUCAAGGUUGUGCUUGUUUCCUAGCAAGCUCAAGCCCAAGUGGACCGGGGCAUUCAAAGUGACUCAAGUAUUUCCACAUCGAGCGGUCGAGCUUGAUAAUAAGGAGGGAGCGAGGUUCAAAAUGAAUCGACAGAGGAUCAAGGUCUAUAUGGGAAAUCGGAGAGUGUGCAAGAAGUGA